UUCGACUGCAGAUCGAGAGGUCCCCGGUUCAAACCCGGGUGCCCCCUCGUUUUUUUUUCUCUUGGUUUUCACUAAACUUUUGCAUUUGUUAAUUUUCCGCUAAAUUUUUAGACUAUUUAAUUAUGCAUCAUCAAUGACCCUCGCUCGUAUCUAUAGUUUUUAAAUAUUUCUUAGAGUAGAAGUGCCCUCUUUCGAUUAUGUAAAUUGUAGUCAUUAUAUUAUGAUAACGGAGUUACUCCGAAAUUUCGGAGCACCCUCAUAUACUCAAAAUGCCGACGAUCAAUUGAUCAAAUGGCAAAUUACUGAAACAGCGCAAUUUUAAGCAAAUAAUCGUUUCGCAGGUAAAUGUCAUUUCAGAGCAUCAUGGAUUUGCAAUAAUUAAAAUAACUAUUAAAAUGCCAUACAUGUAGUAAAGUUUUCAACCAAAGAACAACAAUUAAAUAAAUAUAAAUUGAUAUAACCAGCAUAAAGGAUAAUUGUUGUAAACGUUUCGGAGAAGUCCGCUGUAACGAUAUAUGUACAAAGCGUCAUUUGCAAAUACACACCUCAGCAAUAUAUCCGCGUAACGUUCGGGCCACAAAUAGGCAUCCCAAUUAAUUCCGAAAUCCAGCUUCUGUCCACGUAAAUAUGCAAAUUUCCACAUCCGGCUUCAUUCUCUGAUCGCAUCCGCAUAUACACGUAUACACCGCAUCAGUCCGUAUACACAAUCGUCAAUCGGAUUAGCCACCCGCAAUAACCAUAUAUCUUCGGGAGAAAAAUCAGCCGAGCAAAACAAGUGAAUGAACGACACUUGACAAUCGGCGAGAAUACACACGUAGGUUGGGCGGGUGCAUGUGGCGCGAUAAAGUGCACAGUAUAUAGAUAUAGAUGGAGACAGCUGCAGCCUGCAGCAGAAGCUUGUGUAUAACUUGGCGUUGGCAGUUUUCAGUUGGACAUGGCGGCGAGCGCUGCUGAUGCUGUUGCUGCUGGCUCGAUUUGUUGUUUUUGAUAGUGCGGCGCGCGCCCAAGGGGAUGCCUUUAUACUCUUCCUGAUCGCAAAGAAGCCUGUAAAUAGAUUUACGUCCGGAGGAGCGAGCGAGGGCACGACCAGUGCAACUGCGGCUCUUCGCUGCCAUCGCCGUCGCGAGAACAAGCCGCUCUCUGAACAUUCUUGAAGAAAGCUCGCACGCACACACACACACACACACACACACGCCCGCACGAGGAAAAUGAAUUACAAUCAUACUGGCGCUCGGAGGGGGAAGCCAAAGAGGGUACUGGACCCCAGUGCUGGUUUGUCCUCUCCUUCUCCAGCUCCACAGAUGCCGUCGAGUCCUUAUAUGUACAACCAACAGGUGCCUAUGAAUAAUGGUAUGCCACCAGACUAUGGAUUCAAUGUGCCAGAACAAGAGAGACCUCCAGCAGGGCCUGGCGUUCUUCCUCCCUCGUAUGGAUUUGGUCCACAGCCUCAGCCAUACACCCCAACUAGCACAAGGAAUGAUGGCUUUGCGGGAACAAGUCAAUUCACCAGCCAAUUACUUAGUCAGCCUGUGGUCGCGAAUGUGGCAAUGCAGUAUGGAAGUGAUUUAGCUAAUGCUGGAAAGCAGCAAAUAGAAAAAUAUGUGCCAGUGACUGCUCUUAAAUAUUACUUUGCUGUUGACACUGACUAUGUUAUAACAAAACUGAUCCUGCUAUUUUUUCCAUUUACACACAAGGAUUGGUCGAUUAAAUAUGAACAAGACAAUCCCCUGCAACCACGUUAUGAGAAAAAUGCACCAGACAUGUACAUUCCCACAAUGGCUUUUCUGACAUACGUAGUGGUGGCUGGUCUUGCAUUGGGUACCCAGGAGAAAUUCACUCCUGAGCAAUUGGGCAUAACUGCUAGUUCAGCACUUGCAUGGGGUAUUUUGGAACUACUAGUUCACAUCAUAACCCUAUACGUUAUGAAUCUUGAAACAAGCUUGAGGUAUCUGGAUCUUCUAGCAUACUGCAGCUACAAAUAUGUAGGAAUAAAUGUAGCCCUGCUGAUGUCCCUGAUUUUUGGAAGGCUGGCUUACUACAUUAUCCUUGUCUACUACAGUGGAUCGCUAGGAUUUUUCCUGACUCGAUCCCUUAAGCUCAGAGUGAUACCAGAGGGACACUCUUCCUACUCUGCGAUAGGCAACAAGAGGAGGAUGUACUUUAUUUUAUUUGUUUCUGGAAUUCAAUCGGUUCUCAUGUGGUGGCUAUCGUACCAUCUUGUAUAAGAUGCCAAUUUGUUUAGUUGAUUUUUUAAGUGCUUUGGAACGCGCGGACAGUGGAGGACACGUUGAAGUACGACGGAAGGGUCGAUACGGAAAUAAAGUCCGGUGUGCAUUUUGUAAUAAAAAAAAGAAGAGAAUUUCCUACAGUCAAUGACCAAGCGGUUAUUUUCUUCACUGAGCCAAACCAAAGCUUAUAAAUGGGCAAAAGAAGUUUGUGCGAAUAUCGGAAGCAUCGAUUAUUGGAGUGUGGGCUCGUUCGUGAAAUUCGAAAACAGGGAAAGUUGUGUAAAUUUCCAGUACAUCUACUACUGACAUGUAAAUUUUCUUCCUGAACUAAUUUUGCAGUAAAACUUUGAAAAAUUGUAUAUUUUGUACUCAAUGUCAUAAAGCAAUCAAACCAACAUAGAGGUACUCUUAUCGAGUGGUCAACUUUUUUCAAAUUAUUUAUUUAAGGCACUCAAGAUUCUUUUCAUAAACCUUUUUGAAAAUACGAACUGUGUAUAUAUCUACGGGAACUCUUUAAUAUAGCAUCACAGUGUCAAAGCAAAUAAAUCUAUAAUGUAUUUAUGCA